GAAUUCGAUUCGUACAUUGAAGAAAACGAAGAGCCGCAGUUCAACAGGCAGAGGCGCAACGCCUACGUGGAUGUGCGUCAAACGUGCGGUCUGCGGUUCGCGGACGUUGUUACAGAGGUGGGAAGACAUUCGUUGGGGAAUGUCAUGGCCGACGGUACCACCAGGACGUCCUCGCCUUACCCCGGCAAGAGGAACUCUGAGCCCUGGCACAACGUGGAAGGAUGCGCGUGCCCUGAUCUUUCAUCGUGCGCUGCUAGAAACCCAAGAGUCUUUCAACUCAACAACGAGCGUCUGUCUCCGUCCAACGUCGUCUGCGGCAGCCACGGUUACAUUCCCAAGCUGUCCGAGGCCAGGUCGCUCGGCAGCUCGGCGGGCGCGUACAGGAACAGCGAACCCACCAUUCUCAUCCACCCGGCCAGCACGGACGUUGACCCGACUCAAGGAUGGAGUGACAUUCGCAGCAGGUACACCAACGGGAUUGUAUUUUUGAAGAGGGUCCCUAAAGGGGACGGUUCUACGGGGGAGUAUUUCUACGAAGAGCAAACCGAUCCCCAAUUGGACCGGGCGAGACGGGCCAGCCUCAGCAAGGUCAGCUAUGUGCCUUCAGGUAAUAUGAACGAAUAUUACAACUAUUUGACGAGUCCGAAGAAAACCAAAGUGGAGCUUCCAAAACUAGACACCGCUUCAGACAGUCCUACUCCAACGAAAUCUUGCCCGGGUCUCACUUUGGGGCCUUCAAGAAACAAACGUAGUCGUCUCAGCCUCGGCGAGAUCGCCAUCAGUAAUUUCAACAAAAGGAUCGAUAUCGGCAGCGAGAGCCACGAAUCGGCUCCGGAGUCGUCCAUGGAAAGCAAAGGCUCGCACGAGUCGGCGUCCAAUCCGCAACAUUCUAAAUAUAGGUCCACGUGGAUGAAAUUCAAAAACGUUUUCACCACCAGCCGAUCCAGCCACAGCAGCGGCUCGCAAUCCAAGACGGGGAAAUCCAUGUCUGUGGUCGAAGAGCGGCACAGACGCCGCGGCCGCCACGUUGACUCUCGCUGGAAGAGGUUUGUCAGCGUCUUCACCGGCUUCCGGUCUCUUCCCGAGACGAAGCUGUCCUCGCAUUCUUUAGAUUGUCCGAAAUGCAGCUCCAGCGUCCCCAGCGGUCUGGACCUCGCCGAAAAAAAAUGUCCUUACGAAAAAUGCAACAGCGUUGAUGUGGAAUCUGGCAUAGGCCUGACAGACAUGAACAUCUCCAGGGUUUCACUCAUAAACGAGAAAGUGACGGACCCAGUCGAGAAUUUCCACACCCUGGACCGGCCGAAGUCCCUGAGGUUGCCUACGCAUGCGCAAUCUGUCCCCGAAGAACUCAUCAGCUUGAGAAAUUUCAAUCAGAUAUUCAAAAAUCCGGAACAGGCCAACGAGCCGAUCAAUCCUCUUGACGUGUCCAUUCUUCCGCGCCGAUACCGUAAACGUUGUGAUCCAAUAGAUGCCUCUUCCCUCUCAUUGCCCCAGUCGAAAAAAGAUUUUAGAACCUACAUUUUCCAAACAGGGGGGUUGAACUCCCCGGGAGAAAUGAGAUCCCGCAUGCUGCCGCGAGAGAUAAACACGCCACCAGGCCAAAUGGCGUCUCCGUGCUCUUCCGACGGACACUUCUACAGUCGAAGAUUCCGAAACCUGAGUCCACUCCCGGAAACCUGUAUUGGCGGAUGCCAGAAGACCUGCGGCUCCAGGAGUCCAAGCCUGACAGCAGACGCAGACAACGUUUCUGAGAAGAGCGUGUACUUGACCCCUUCGCAUUUAAACGCCGAUAAAGAUUUGUUCUUUGAGCUGACCGGCUACAGUAAUGAGAUCGGACGAGAUAUCGUUGCGCGGGAUCGUUCAUUGUCCAACGACAGGCUCAGUUUCAUAAAAAUGCCGUUCUUUGAUCUAUGCAGCGUUCGGAAAAUAUCAUCGGAAACAAACUUGUCGACGAAAUGUUCCAGAAUCGAUGCUAACGACUUACCUUUGGGGAACCGCGGAAACAAAAACUGUUCAGCGCAUAACGAUUGCUGCAUAACGUUCGAUAUCAAAUCAGCACAGACAGAUUCAAGCAGCUCCAUAAACAAUGAACUAUCCUGGAACAAAAAUGGCAAUAGCCAGCCGACGCUAUCACAUCUCACAACGAACAGCCCGAUGGAGGCGUCUACGCGUGCCGCUAUCAAUCACUUGACCAUAGACCACCGACAAAUCGCUCUGAGCAGUGACUCUGUGUAUUACGACUCGCUGAGCGCCGUUGGGACGCCUUGCCAGAAAUCUCCUCAGGAUUUGAAUGGCUUAUUUACUGAGAAAGAAGAACCUUCCUUUGCCAUCGUAGAACCAUCACCGGACCGAUCUCCGUCAUCACGCCUCGACGAGGUCAACACUAGACCCGGCUCCUCUGGCAAGAACAGUUUAUUUUCCGAACUGUUGAGCACACCAUAUGUGUCCAGGGCACCUACGCCCACGCCGAGUGAAACCAAGCAGUCUUCGCCUUUUGCCUCGAGGACUCCAUCGCCGUGUUUGUUCUGGCAGAGUUCACCCCGUGAGAUUUCAAACUCUUCCAGCAGCCCACAUCUGGCUAAACCAACCCCUACCAGAAAGGAUUGGCCAAAUGAUGCCCUUGGGCUUGCCCCGUCCUUGCUGCCCCCUCAAGUAACGCAUCUCGCCUCAUCGUCGCUCACGAAAGAGACGAGGUUCGCUUUUAGGCCAGCUCUUCAAGACAAUGGUCCGACAUUCGCACCAACAGCUAAAAGCAAUUGUCUUACAUUUACAUCAACAACUAAAGACAAUCGCUUUGAAUUUACACCAGUUACUAAAGACAGUUGCCUUGUAUUUACACCAUCAAGUACAGAUAAUUGCCUUGCAUUUACACCAACAACCAAAGACAAUUGUGUUGCACUUAAACCAACCACAGACGAAAGUCUUACAUUUACACCAAUUCUCAAAGACAACGGUUUGGCGCUUUCCACGCCCACCCAAGAAUGCUAUCGUCUGCUCUCCUCCAACGAAGGUAGAAGCCAGCAUGAAACGCCCCGUGCUUCCCCAAACUCGUCUCUGACAGAGCAUGACUCUUUGGUCAGCGGGCCCGACCACGCCGAGUGCCCCACGACGACGGCCGCAUCGCCGCGUGGGUCCAGGAACCCCACGCCCACGCGUUCUUUCAGCACGCCUUCCCCGAGUUUCGACAAGACGCCCGGCAGCUACGUCUUGCCCGAGGAGAGCUACAGGGCGAAUGUCUCCAGACUGCCCAGGUUUGCCAGACGGGCGAGCCAAGGGACGCCGGUGCCCUAUGUUCAAAGUCAGGAUGUAGUGCAGGCCAAGAUGGGUGAGCUGGUGUUGUAUAACGUUUCGUUUUAGCAUCGAGAAUAAAUGAGGAUGCUGUAAGGCAGGGGUGGGCAAACUUUUCGUGCGGAGGGCCACAUUGACAAAUGUAAAGCUAUUGGGAGGGGGGGGGCGGGCGGGCGCAGGUGUAUAUGAUGUCCAAUUUGUACAUGUCGAUAAAUAUUUCUCUAAAAAAUCGGUAAAAUUGCAUUUCAGCAUUAGAUGACAAAAGUCAUGGACUGUUUAAAAAAAUAAAGAAAAUUAGAAAGAAAGUUGAUCAAAAAGGCUAAAACAAUCAAUAACCUUACAUGACAUUCUUUAAAUUUAUCAAAUAACUUAAAAAUAAAGUAAUUUUUUAAAUAUAUUUCUAAAUACCUUUACGGGCCGCAUAAUAUCAGUUGCCGGGCCACAUGUAAGGAAUAAUUAAGUAAAUUAAAUACUUUAACCCACGCUGUGUAACAUUGGUAGAUGGGGUAUUUUAAACGGCACCAAGGAAAAGAUUCCAUAUAAGUACUAGAGAUGUUGAGAGAAUAAAAUGACUGAUUGAACAAAGACCCUUGAUAGAGUGGAGACGGUUGAGACAAAAUGCUAGCAAUUUUGGGAAUAAGAGCCUAGGACAAAAAAGAAGCCAUUUAUAGAAUAUAGACCUUUGAAAGAAUGGCGACCAUUUAGAUUUAAAAAAGAAAAUAUAGAGAACUUAUAAUUUGAAAUAAUAGAGGCCAUUCAGAGAUUACAGACACUUGAUAGAAUCGAAAAACCUAAGAGAAUAGAGAAAUUUUGAAAACAUAGAAACUUUAGAGGAAAGAGAGACAUGAGAGAAUAGAAAAACUUGCGAGAGUAGAGACACUCGAGAAACUUGAGAGAAUAGAUAAACUUGAGAACUUGAGAGAAUAGGGACACUUAAGAGACUAGAGAAACUUGAGAGAAUAGAGAAACUUGAGAGAAUAGAGAAACUUGAGAGAAUAGAGAAACGUGAGAUAAUAGAGAAACUUGAGAGAAUAGAGAAACUUGAGAGAAUAGAGACACUUGAGAGAAUAGAUAAACUUGAGAGCAUAGAGAAACUUGAGAGAAUAGAGAAACUUGAGAGAAUAGAGAAACUUGAGAGAAUAGAUUAACUUGAGAGAAUAGAGAAACUUGAGAGAAUAGAGAAACUUGAGAGAAUAGAGAAACUUGAGAGAAUAGAGACACUUGAGAGAAUAGAGAAACUUGAGAGAAUAGAGAAACUUGAGAGAAUAGAGAAACUUGAGAGAGUAGAGAAACUUGAGAGAAUAGAGAAACUUGAGAGGAUAGAGAAACUUGAGAGAAUAGAGACUCGCGGGAGUAUGAACCUUUGAGAAAUCAUUGAGACAAUUGUUAAUUGCACAAAGAAAACAUAUGAAGAAGACUUUGGAGAGAAUAGAUGAAGACUAUUGAGAGAAUAGAUGAAGACUAUUGAGAGAAUAGAUGAAGACUAUUGAGAGAAUAGAUGAAGACUAUUGAGAGAAUAAUUAGACCUAUUAUUGAGAGAAUGAAUAGACUUACUUUUGAGAGAAUAAAUAGACUACUAUUGAGGAAAUAGCUUGUUGACCCAUUUUCCAUCAGAAUUCGUCUUUGUUUAAAUAAACGAAGGAAUAAAAUGACCUCUGAUUUAUCUUCAUGCGUGGUACGGACUGUGAAGCAAAAAACUUCACACAAUAGAUAAAUGAUCUGGUUCUGAAAGCAUAUCGGGUGGUGGCGUUGCUAUGGAGAUAAUAGGAGAGCUCCAUUUACUUUUUGUUGUUGUUGAGAUCACGUGAUUUCGCAGCAAUGAUGAGCAAGACAGCGUCCGGCUGUCUGAUAAAAAUAGGGAUUUUAAAAAAUAAAUUUUCAAAAGUUGAGAGUAUAUCCCAAGUCGUGUAUUUAAUUAUAACUAUCACAGAACAGAAAGUUUUUAUUUUUAAUUUUUUUUUUUUUACUUAAGUUCAAUCGUCACGCAUGACGCCCGUCCACCCCCCCCCCCAACCUCCAUCCAGUUCUUUUAUGUUAAAAAAAUGUGGAGUUUGGGGGUGGGGGUGGGGGAAGGGCGGUUUAAAAAAGGAAGCAGGACGCACCAGAAGCCAAAGAUAUAUAUUUAAUAUAGCCGUCCAAAACCGUUAUUGUUUUUAAGUAUUAAUUUACACAAUAAAAAGAUUCAUUUGUAGAUUUCAGGGGGGAACAAAUUCUGCGUCAUGAACGCUUGCCCCAACUUUUGAAAUUAUUACUUCAUAUCACGAUUUGUAGUCCUCUAAUAUCUGCUGUCUAAGAAUUGCUGUCUAAGAAUUGCUGUCUAAGAGGCCUGAUUUCCAAGAAGUUUUUUAAGUCAAAACUUACACACAGUUUUAAGAACGGGUACAUUAGGGUCAUUUGUUGAGCUGAAGACGUUUAGGCCGUCUUAAUUUGCAUGUCGUCGAAACAACAAUGUCGAUUUACUCCAUAUAUUAUAGAUGACGUCAUUAGAUGCACAAAUAAACAGGCCUACUCUCUAAUUUACAUUGUUUAAAUUGAAACAGAAAAAAAAAAGAAAAGGCCUCAUCCUUGCGGUUCACUGUGCACAUUCAUUAGAGACAACUAUUUUCUAUGGCCUCACGUGGCUCGUCGGCCUCAUGUGGCUCGUCGGCCUCAUGUGGCUCGUCUCGCUUUUUCCGUGAAGUAAGGCGAAAUGAUAGUUUUCUUUGAGUUUCAUAAGAGCUCGGUGUUGAUGUCACAUGUGCGAUAGAAUGGCUCUUCUAUGCAACACUAACUUAGCUGGUCAAAAUUAACCUGAGAGCGUUUAUCUUAUGAUGUAAUGAAGGUGGUAUCACUAGCAGGCCAAUGUAAGAGGGACAUUACUAUUGAUGUCAUGAAGGUGGUAGCACUAGCAGGCCAUUGUAAGAGGGACAUUACUAUUGAUGUCAUGAAGGUGGUAGCACUAGCAGGCCAUUGUAAGAGGGACAUUACUAUUGAUGUCAUGAAGGUGGUAGCACUAGCAGGCCAUUGUAAGAGGGACAUUACUAUUGAUGUCAUGAAGGUGGUAUCACUAGCAGGCCAAUGUAAGAGGGACAUUACUAUUGAUGUCAUGAAGGUGGUAACACUAGUAGGCCAAUGUAAGAGGGACAUUACUAUUGAUGUCAUGAAGGUGGUAUCACUAGCAGGCCAUGCACUGUAAGAGGGACAUUACUAUUGAUGUCAUGAAGGUGGUAACACUAGUAGGCCAAUGUAAGAGGGACAUUACUAUUGAUGUCAUGAAGGUGGUAUCACUAGCAGGCCAAUGUAAGAGGGAGAUUACUAUUUAAAAUUUGGAAAAUAACAAGAAUGAAACGCUAUUAUAACAUUAAAUAAUCCAUGAAUUCUUCCAGCAGGUGAGAAAAAUGGACCCCUGCGAGAGAGCAGCAUGGAAGUGACGUAUGCGCCUAGAAGCAUGGAAGUGACGUAUGUGCCUAGCAGCAUGGAAGUGACGUAUGUGCCUAGCAGCAUGGAAGUGACGUAUGUGCCAUAUACUCAGAACGUAGCGGAUUCUUUGGAAACGGACGACAUGUCGUCACCGUGUGAUUCUCUAGUCUAAUCAUAGAUGGCGCUACAUCCCAUGUAGGGGGAUCUCACCUAUUCUCUAGUCUAAUCAUCGAUGGCGCUACAUCCCAUGUACAUACCAGACUAUGAGGAUGUGUUUUCUUUACAUCUGUCAAAACCGACUGGACGCUAUCCCCCAAAGCGUACUUUGUGCAACGGCCGAACUAAGUGUGUUAUACGGCCGAACUAAGUGUGUUAUACGGCCGAACUUAAUGUGUUAUAUGGCCGAACUUAAUGUGUUAUACGGCUGAACUUAACGUGUUAUACGACUGAACUUAAUGUGUUAUAUGGCCGAACUUAAUGUGUUAUACGGCCGAAAUUAAUGUGGUAUACGGCCGAACUUAACGUGUUAUACGCCGAACUUAACGUGUUAUACGGUCGAAAUUAAUGUGUUAUAUGGCCGAACUUAAUGUGUUAUACGCCUUUGUUAAAUGUCUUGAUGACACCAUCUUAUACCUCAUAGAGAACCUCCACAUUAUUUGUACAUGUGAAUAAUUCUUUGUCUGUUAUGAAUGGUCAUGUGUAGUGACUUGAUUUGUUUGGUUGGCUGUAAUUGUGUGCAAGAUCCCCCAAGAAUGCUUCUAACAUGUUCAUUAUUGUAUGAUUAUUAAAAGUUUUGUUGCC